ACCAACAAGAAUCUCCUGAAAAAUACGAUUUUACUUGUGCUCAAUAGGUCAGCUGCUGCGUUUACUGUUUUUACCCUACUUUUCAGCAACAGUAAUUUCGGAGUGAAUCCAUUUGUUGCAUUCAUAGGAAAAGGAUCACUGCAACUAGUUGCAUUGUAUGCGGCUCACUUUGUCGGAAACAAGUUCGGGAGACGGGUAACACAAUGUCUGGUGCUAAUGUCUACUGGUUUCUUCUGCAUCAUUCUCGUAUUCUUAACCACAGGACAUUCAACCCAGUGGAUCAUAACUGCAUUUUCGCUGGUGCUACUGUUUUGCUGCGAGUGUUCGUAUUCACUCUCAAACCUGCAGAGCUUGGAAUUACAUCCAACAAGUAUACGACAAAUAGGAAUCGCAAUUGAGUACGUCUUCGUUCAAUGCACUCUGACUGCUGCACCUCAUCUUGCUCACUUGGGGAAGACUUCUGGAAUGCAUAUCGUAUUCAGCGUGCUUGCAGCUGUGACACUGAUUAUGUCGGCUUUAAUGUCUUUUGUGCCAGAGUCAUUUAACGAGAAGCUCCCGGAGACAAAAAACGAUAUUUCACUCCUAGGAAAGAAUCAGAAGUACUGGAGCUUUCCUGCCAGAAAGUAA